AUGAGAAAACGAGAAUAUGGCAAAACGAAAAUAUGGGAAAACGCAAGUAUGGGAAAAUCGCAAGUAUGGCAAAAUCGCAAAUAUUGGAAAAUUGGAAAUAUGGGAAAAUCGCAAAUAUCAGAAAUUAGCAAACAAUGUAAUGCAAAAAAACGCAAUUAUGGGAAAAAACGCAAAUAUGGGAAAAAACGAAAUUACAGAAAAAACGCAAAUGUGGGGAAAAACGCAAAUAUGGGGGAAAAACGCAAUUAUGGGAAAAAACACAGUUAUGGGAAGAAACACAAUUAUGAGAAAAAAAGCAAUCAUGGGAAAAAACGCAAUUAUGGGAAAAUACACAAAUGCAAUUAUCAGAAAAAACGCAAUUAUGGGGAAAAACACAAUUAUGGGGAAAAACUCAAUUAUGGGGAAAAACACAAUUAUGGGGAAGAACACAAAUGUGGUGAAAAACGCAAGUAUGGGGAAAAACGCAAUUAUGGGAAAAAACGCAAAAAUGGGAAAAAACGCAAAUAUGGGAAAAAACGCAAAUAUGGAGAAAAUGAAAAAAUGGGAAAAUGCAGAUAUGGGAAAAACGCAAAUAUGGGGAAAAUGCAAAUGUGGGAAAAACGAAAAUAUAGGAAAAACGCAAAUGUGAGAAAAAUGCAACUGUGGGAAAAUCGAAAAUGUGGGAAACGCAAAUAUGGGAAAAAACGCAAAUAUGGGAAAAAUUGCAAUUAUGAGAAAAAAUGCAAUUAUCAGAAAAAACGACACUCUGGGGAAAAACACAAUUAUGGGGAAAAACGCAAAUAUGGGGAAAAACGCAAAUAUGGUGAAAAAUGCAAAUAUGGGGAAAAACGAAAUUAUGGGAAAAAACGCAAAUAUGGAAAAAAUGAAAAAAUGGGAUACGUAGACAUGAGAAAAACGCAAAUAUAG